AUGAAAAGUAAAGUUUUGCCACCUUUUUGGGUUGACUUACAUGUUGAAGCACAAGAAGAGUUGGCAAGAGCAAAAGAAUUGAUAUCAAUUUUACAAAAAACUCAACAAAAAAGACUUUUAUGUGUUUUAAAGGACAAUACAAUGGAAAAAUCUGAGAUUGAGGUAGAAUCAUUAACAUUUUCGAUUUGUGAUUCAUUUAAGCGUAUUGAAAAGCUUGUUCAAUCAAUUUCAAAUUCAUCUGCUGUUAACAAAGAAUUUGAUCCUCUUUGUAAUAGAAGCUCAAUUAACUGUGAUAUCUUGAGGAGAAAUGCAGAAAUAAGUAUUGUAAAUGAGCUAAAUCCUUUAUCUCAACAUUUCAAAAAUAUACAAAAAAGUUAUAUGUCAGAAUUACAAAAGAAUUAUAUUUGUUUAGAUGGUAAUCAAAUAAAUUAUGAAGAUUCUCAGAAAUACAAUCAAAGUAAAGAAUUGGUGCUCACUGAUUUAGACGACUUUAAUAUAGAAGAAAUUGCAAAAAUAACGAGAAGUAUUGCAGAGCUUAAUUCAAUUUUCAAGGAAAUGUCUUCUAUGGUUGUUGAACAAGGCUCUCUAGUAGAUAGAAUAGAUUUUAAUAUUAACAAUGCGUUGCUAAGGGUAGAAAACGCACACCAACAAAUUUCAAAAGCAGAAAAAAACAUUAAAAACAAGAUUUUUUCGAAAUUAAUACAAUUUUUGAUAGUUUGUAUAUCAAUUGAAAUAUUCAUUAUUUUUCUCAAAUUAUUAUUUUAA